AUGUGCUGGGAGGCGUGCGCGCUUGAGAUGAGCGCGCCGGGGGCGUGGGCGCCAGAAAAACUUCGGGACGCGUGGAUUUCCUGGAUCGGUGCGUGGCCCCCCUCAGUUGUCCCUCGCUGUCGCGCUGCUUGGAGCCAGUUGCGCAACGUGCAGCACUCAGGUGCUGCUCGUGCCCUCUCCCUCCUCGCCCUCCUCCUCCUCCUCUUCCCCCUCCAGAUGAUGUCGCUCUUCCACACCGCUUCACACCCGCGUCCUACUGGCACUCUUGCGCACGUGGUCCCAGUGCCGGUCUGCCAGUGCCAGUUCCUGCGCCAUUUUGGACGCUGA